UUAUUCAUCUCUAGCAGAACAAUUCCACACUUUGGUCCAGUCCCUGAGUUAAGCCUAAUCCAGGAAGAAUGGCCACUAUUGUUACUUCUCCACCUCAAUCUUUUACCUCCAGGAAGCUCAAUCCAUCCAUCUCAAACACUCUUGUCAGUGGCUUCAUUGGUGCUUCAGUACCAUUGAGUUCACCAAUUAAGAGCACAACAUUGAGAACUUCAGGGAAAGUCACUGCAUCAGCAGCCACUAUUGCCACGACACCAGUGGCUCAGGAAGUUAAAGAAUAUGCACUUCCAACAUGGGCAAUGUUUGAGAUGGGAAGAGCACCGGUUUAUUGGAAAACCAUGAAUGGUCUUCCUCCAUCUUCUGGAGAGAUGCUGAAGCUUUUCUACAAUCCGGCAGCUAAGAAACUCACUCCAAGUGAAGAAUUUGGGAUUGCUUUCAAUGGUGGAUUUAACCAACCUAUCAUGUGUGGUGGAGAGCCAAGGGCAAUGCUUGAGAAAGUUAGAGGAAAAGCUGAUGCCCCAUUAUAUUCCAUCCAAAUAUGUGUUCCUAAGCAUGCUGUGAACUUGAUAUUCUCAUUCACAAAUGGAGUUGACUGGGAUGGCCCUUACAGACUGCAAUUCCAAGUUCCAAAGGCUUGGCGAAACAAACAAAUCGAGUUCUUCAACGAGGGUCUAGCACAAGAGUUAAGUCAAGAAGGUGCAUGUGACAGAGCAAUAUUCCCGGACACUGAGGUUGUUGCCACGAGAUGCGCAAUGAUUGGUAACUUGUCGAUCGAAGGAGGUGAUCGAUGCAAUCUUGAUCUAGUUGAAGGGUGCAUGGAUCCUAGUUCACAUCUUUACAAUCCUCUAGCCAAUGUAGAUGAUGGAACUUGCCCCAUUGAUUUAGAUGCCGAGGAUUAAUAUUAAGAUUAGUUGUUGAGUUCCAAGUGGGUUGAGUAUAACCCUUGUUCCACAGUGUAUACAUAUAUACCACUCUUGAUGGAGCUUUAAGAAUUGAAGUAUGCAGAGAAAGAAGUCAAGAACUCAAUAGUCAUAGCUCACAACUUUUUCACUUCCCCGUUUCAUUUCACAACUACAAAACAAGUAGUAUACUGUAUACAGCAUGCAUCUAGGUAA